AUGUACCAACAAUUUCUCCCAGCAUUGUGUGGCAUCAUCAAACAAUCCAGGACUAAGAGGACUAAAUCUGGCCUCAGUCUUGCAGCAGGAAAGUGUAUCAUUGUAUGUGAGGCAGUGAAGCCUGGGCCCCUAGACCUAACCAUGGAGUACCUGGAAAAGUGGUAUGGCAUUCAUGGCACCAUGCCUGUGGAUAUGCAUGAUAUGGUGCUGUGGGCAAAAAAUCCAGCUCACCCUCAUGUUCCUGGCAUGAUGAGUGAUUUGAUUUUGGGUAUAAACAAUCCAAAUGAGCAAAGAUGUGUUCUGGAUUGUCCCAUAGUGGUAGGUUUACCCCUUGAACAGGUUCCCCUAGAUGAGAGCCAGAUGGCCUGGCACCGGACCACCAGGGAUUGUCCAUCAGCAGGACUGGGUAUACAUCUUGGCAGCCCAUGGGCCUCAGUGUCCCAGGGCGGAGUACUGAUUCCUCCGCACCAUGACUCUGAAGGCAGGAAUACCUAUUUCUUUCCAGUCACUGGCAUCCAACUCCAGACACUUCUUUUCCAUAAGAUUACCUGUGAUGGAAAGGUGCCACUUCAAGCCACAAAAUCCCUCUGCAGUUCUCAUGACCUGGAUGAUUAUGAUGCUGAGACCAUGACCAUAUACCCUGGAGAUUUGCUAAUCCAGCCACCAGGCCAAUUACAUGCAGAAUACAAUCCCAAUCCUGCUUUUGCACAUGAGGGUCAUUUUUUCACAUAUGGAACACUUCAUCACACACUUAGUUCAAGAUCCCUAGAAGUCACCACUCAAACUUGUGAAUACAUGGAUGAGACCCUCUGGCGGAUGGCUGCUCUCAUUCCCCAGUUACCACCAGAUCAACUGUCAGUUUUUAAGCCCAGAAUGUAUCUGGCACAGCACCCGUCAUCAAAGUCCCGCAAAAAAAAGCAACCUGUGGCCUUAUGA